AUGCCGAAAGGAGCUUCAGACGCAGCCAUUGCCUUCAUAUACAUUCAUGCCUUGGGAUGGGCAAUUGGACUCUACACGCUGCCUUAUCUCUUUGGUGCCGAGCUGUGGCCUAGCCGGAUUCGCUCUUUUGGGGGUGCUCUGUCUCAGUGUUUCCAUUGGCUUUUCUAUUUCGCCAUCACAAAGGCAACGCCAUCUCUACUGACUGGUCUACACACAUGGGGCGCGUUUGUGUUGUUCGCCGGGUUCUGUCUCCUUGCGUUCGUAUACACCUUCUUCCUGGUUCCUGAGACUAGCGGCUUAAGUCUGGAGGAGAUAAACAAGAUCUUUGAGCGACCACUCUACCGACUAGGUCAGCCGUUAGCUCUUGAGAGACAGAACGAUGAGGAUGACGACGAGAAGCAAAAUACCAGGUGCAUCGAACGCGUAUAG